UCAUAGCUUAUAUUAGUAGAAGAGAUGCACAGUGAACAGUUGAAAAUCUGGAUUUUUUUCCAUUGGAAAACUCUUAUACUGAACUCAGCUGCUACUAAAACAUUAAACAAGCAACAUUCUGAAUGUUAAUCAUUUCCCUAAUGUGGUAUAUGAACUUGAAACCAGAUCAAAUCACAUGUUCUUGAUUAUAAAUUGUAGUCUCUUCAGUUUAAUUGCAGUACAAGUUUGUCACCAGAGUUUUCAGAGUUCAUCUUUUUCCUGCUCCCAUUAAAGCUUUUAAUUGCAAGCGCAUGGACAAUUGUAAUCAUUACUUUCCAGCAUUGUUUCCAUUAGCUGCUAGGGCUAAGCAGGCUUUAUCUGAUUGUGAUGUAGAUGGAAACUUCAGUAUGAAAUCCAGUGGCUAAAGGCUACAAAAACUUCAUUGUAGUGAUGAGAAUGAAGAAGUCCCAGAAAUCUUGGAUUGAAGGUGCCUUCAGUAAAAGAGAAUGUGCAAAAAUUGUACCAAGUUCAAAAGAUUCUCACAGAUGUUUUCAACAUUCACGUUACUAUCAGUCCAGUGGAUCACUGUACAGAGGUUCUGCAGGAUGUCAAGUAUGCCAGAAUCUAAUUCGAUGUUGCUGUGGUCGGCUAAUUGGUGAUCAUCAUGGGAUAGAUUAUGGUUGCCCUGUAUUUCAGUCUGCAAAAGAGAAAGAUAAUGUGGAAUGGUCUGUUGAGAAAGACACAAAUAUUAGUCCAACUGAUGCAUUUGGUACAAUCAAUUUCCAAGACAGUGAUCAUACAUACCAUGCCAAGUAUAUCAGAACUUCUUAUGACACAAAGCUAGACCAACUGUUGCAGCUCAUGGUUAAAGAAUGGCAAAUGGAAUUUCCCAGACUGGUUAUUUCUGUUCAUGGUGGCAUCCAAAACUUCAAACUUCCAUCUAAACUAGUACAGCUUUUCAGCAAAGGCUUGGUCAAAGCUGCUGAAACUACAGGAGCUUGGAUAUUAACAGAAGGCAUUAACACCGGAGUAUCUAAGCAUGUGGGAGAUGCACUGAAAUUCCAUGCCUCUCAAUAUUUAAGGAAGAUCUGUGCUAUUGGAAUUCCCCCUUGGGGCAUCAUUGAGAAUCAGAGAGAACUUAUUGGGAAAGAUGUAGUCUGCCUGUACCAGACACUGGGCAACCCCCUCAGCAAGCUGAGCGCCCUCAACAGCAUGCAUUCCCAUUUCAUACUGGUAGACGAUGGCACAGUGGGCAAGUAUGGCAGUGAGAUGAAACUCAGGAGGAAACUGGAAAAGUAUCUAUCACUUCAAAAAAUACAUACCAGAAUGGGACAAGGAGUGCCCUUAGUUGGGCUGGUGGUAGAAGGUGGUCCAAAUGAAAUCCUGACAGUACGGGAAUACGUUAGGGACAAACCUGCUGUUCCUGUAGUAAUAUGUGAAGGAACCGGAAGAGCUGCCGACCUCCUUGCUUUUACCCAUAAGCACACCGCAGAUGACACAAAUUGGAACUCUCAGCUUAAAGAAGAGAUAUUAUUAAUGAUUCAGAACAGCUUCAGUUUUGGGCAGAAGCAGUCCCAUCACUUGUUUAAAAUUUUAAUGGAAUGUAUGGAACAUAGGGAUUCUAUAACCAUAUUUGAUGCAGAGUCAGAGGAACAUCAGGACAUGGAUUUGGCAAUCCUAACUGCACUCUUGAAAGGCACACACAUGUCUGCUCCAGAUCAGCUAAAUCUGGCUCUGGCUUGGAACAGAUUGGACAUUGCUAAGAAACAUAUAUUGGUUUAUGGACAACACUGGAAGGUUGGCUCCCUUGAACAAGCAAUGCAGGAUGCUCUGGUGAUGGAUCGGGUGGAGUUUGUGAAGUUGUUAAUAGAACAUGGCGUGAAUCUGCACCGUUUUCUUACAAUAUCCCGACUGGAAGAACUGUACAAUACUAAACAAGGGCUGACAAAUCUUCUUUUACAUCAUCUUGUUUGUGAUGUGAAACAGAGUACUCUUCCAGUGGACUAUAAAAUAUCAUUGAUCGAUAUUGGGCUGGUUAUAGAAUACUUGAUCGGUGGAGCUUAUCAGAGCAGCUACACAAGAAAACAUUUCAGAAUUUUAUACAAUAACAUUUACAGGAAACAUAAGAACCAGGAAGUUGUCUCCAGAUUGACACAGAACCUCCCUCUUCAUCAGCUUAAUCAGACUGGGAGUCGAAGUGGAUCUGCUGAAAAUACUUUGCAUUCCCAGUUUAUCAGAACAGCACAGCCAUACAAAUACAAAGAAAAAUCAGCAAAUCUCCAUAAAUCCAAGAAGAAAACCAAAGAUGAAUUCACAGUAUCUGAUGACCAAGAGUCAGUUGGCUUUAUUUAUCCCUACAAUGAUCUCUUGGUUUGGGCAGUUUUGAUGAAAAGACAGAAGAUGGCUAUGUUCUUCUGGCAGCAUGGAAAAGAAGCAAUGGUCAAGGCUGUGGUGGCUUGCAAGCUCUAUAGAGCCAUGGCACGUGAAGCCAAACAAUGCAACAUGGAGGAUGAUACAUCAGAGGAGUUGAAGAAGUAUUCAAAUGAGUUUGGGCAGCUUGCUCUAGAUGUGUUAGAUAAUGCAUUCAAACAAAAUGAACAGAUGGCCAUGAAGCUGUUGACAUAUGAGCUGAAGAACUGGAGUAAUUCAACAUGUCUGAAACUGGCUGUGUCAGUGGGCUUGCGACCUUUUGUGUCUCACACAUGUACCCAGAUGCUGUUGACUGAUAUGUGGAUGGGACGCCUGAAAAUGAGAAAGAAUUCCUGGUUUAAGGUGAUUCUAAGUAUUCUUCUACCUCCCACCAUCUUGAUGCUGGAGUUUAAAAGCAAGGCUGAAAUGUCACAUGUGCCUCAAUCGCAGGAGUCCCAUCAAUUCACGUGGUAUCAUGGUGAUCCCAGCACCUCCAGUGGAAAGGAUGACCUAUCAUUGAGCAAUUAUGAUUUUGAGAAAGGGGUGGAGAAGCAAGCUGAAAAGCAGACUUUUCCCAACAACAAUGAACAUCAAAGUCUUCCUGGAACUAGGAAAAUCUAUGAAUUCUACAAUGCCCCUAUUGUCAAGUUCUGGUUCCACACGAUGGCCUAUUUAGCCUUUCUCAUGCUGUUCACUUACACAGUUUUGGUAAAGAUGAAACCAACCCCCAGUGUCCAGGAAUGGCUUGUAAUCAUCUACAUUUUUACUACCUCCAUUGAGAAAGUCAGAGAGAUUUUUAUUUCAGAGCCAAGCAAGUUCAUCCAAAAGAUGAAAGUGUGGAUUUAUGAGUACUGGAAUUUUACAGAUUUUAUUGCCAUCAUCCUGUUCAUGACUGGUUUUGGUUUGCGCUGGGCUAAUCCUCCACUUCAAACAGCUGGAAGGUUAAUUUAUUGUCUGGAUAUAAUAUUCUGGUAUGCUCGACUUCUUGAUUUUUUUGCUGUGAAUCAGCAUGCUGGCCCCUAUCUGACCAUGAUCGGGAAAAUGACAGCAAACAUGUUCUAUAUUGUCAUUAUGAUGGCCAUAGUACUGUUAAGUUUUGGCGUUGCACGAAAAGCAAUACUUUCUCCAAAUGAGCAGCCAUCAUGGACUCUUGCACGAGAUAUUGUAUUUCAACCUUACUGGAUGAUAUUUGGUGAAGUGUAUGCGGGAGAAAUUGAUGCUUGUGAAUUAGAUCCAGGCUGUCCUCCAGGUUCAUUCCUCACGCCAUUUCUUCAAGCAGUGUAUCUCUUUGUACAAUACAUCAUCAUGGUCAAUCUACUUAUUGCUUUCUUCAAUAAUGUUUAUUUUGAUAUGAAGUCUAUGUCAAACAAACUCUGGAAAUAUAACCGUUACCGCUAUAUCAUGACAUACCAUGAAAAACCAUGGCUGCCACCACCUUUCAUAAUACUGAGCCACAUUGGUAUUGUGCUAAAUUGCCUUUGCAGCCGCCGGCUGUCAAAUGAAGUGGAUCAAGAGGAGGAGGAACAUGUUGAACUGAAACUGUACCUGAGUGAGGAAGAAUUAAAAAAACUUCAUGAUUUUGAAGAGCAGUGUGUGGAACAGUACUUACAUGAAAAGAAGGAAAGCCUUCAUUUCAGUGAUAGCGAACAGAUCCGUGUUACAAAUGCAAGAGUUGAAGAAAUGUUUUCACAGCUGAAGGAAGUACACGAGAAAGUAUUUUAUAUCAAAGAUGCUUUGCUUGCCUUGGACAGCCAACUGGGACACUUACAGGACCUCUCAGUUUUAACAGUUGAUACUCUCAAAGUCAUUUCAGCUGUGGAUACUUUGCAAGAAGGGGAGGCCUUUCUUUCUGAACAGAAGCAUCAAACCUGUAGGAAGCUUCCUCAUAGUUGGAGCAACACCCUGUGUUCAAAGGGUUUGAGUUGUAUGGAAAGUGGGAGUGUUAAGUACAAUUACUACAGCAUGCCACCUUCCCUUCAGAGGAACCUAGCAAGGAGCCAUUGGUCACUGGGGGGGAAGCAUCCCAUUCUUGAUGCCCUAAACUAUAGUGAAAUCCAAUUAAUCAAGAAAGAUCAGGAACAGGAAGUUGAAAAUGGCAUUCUAACAUCAGAGUUAUCUUCAGGGAAUAAAUCAAGCUCUAGAUAUGGACAGUUUCUUCUUGUGCCUUCUGAUCAGAAAGGAUCUUAUGAAGAUGCUGGUUUAAGUUUGGCCUUUUCAAAUACUCUGAAUGAGCUUAAGGAUGAUGACUUAAAAGCUAAAUACCAAACUAAGCAGAGUGACACUGCCCCUCCAUGUAAUGUAUGCAAUACCAAUGAUGAUGCAAAAACAAUGCCGGUUAUCAGCCAAGUGCAGGAACUAAACAUUUCACUUGCUGAGAAAGAGAAUGAAACUGCUGCUGAACACCAUUUGUCCAUCCAGGCAGUUAAUAGUGUCAGUGAGAUCUCUCGACCUUCUCAUUAUCACUGUGAAGGACCAGGAAAAGGUUAUGUAAAUUGGGGGUUCUUGGAAGAUGAUGAAAAGAGAGAUUGUGGCAAUCAGUCAAGACAGCAAGCAUGCCUACAUUCGCUCCAUGACAAAGACUGCAGUUAUAGUCCUCCACAUGUGCAGAUAAAGGAAUCCAAAUCAUUUUCUUACAGUUCUGACAUAUCAGGAUACAGUAGUGACAGCUCACAGUCUCACCUCACUUUUCAGCGCAGCAUGUCGGUCUGGAUCAAUCCACUUAAAAGAAAUUGGCCUUUCUGCAAAGGAAGCAGCUUUUGCGCCCAUGGUGCUGAGAAAACAGGAAAAACCUGCAAAAUAAAAGAAUUUUCAAAAUCUACUCAGCUAUGUCAGUCAGUAUGGGCCAAGGCAAAACUUGGAAACAAAGAAAGGAAGUCCUUGAGGAAAAAGCGAAAAACUCUUCAGGUUCCGCUGAUUACAGUGGACAGUUGUCCUCAGAGCACCCAAAUGAAUUUGGAGUCACUUGACAGUAAACCUGUGGAAGACAAACAGGAACAUAGAGCCAAAUGGCUAACCGUGUCUCAUUUCAAGCAACUAAAUUUGGAUCAUAUCAGUUGUAUGCAUCAGGAAAUGAAAAAUCAAGAACUGGUGAGGCAGACAGUACAAAUCUGUGACUACUUGAGACAAUCGCAAGAGGAUUUAAAUAACAGCAUUGCUUGGACUAGGAAAAAUAGAAAGAAUAAUCUGAGCAGAAGCCACUCGUUGAGAAGUUUAGAUGGAGAUGGCAAAAUCUCACACUCCUUAAAACCCCCUCAAGAUUUGCAACAUCAUUACUCAGCUGUUGAAAGAAACAAUUUAAUGAGGCUAGCUCAAACGAUCCCUUUCACACCAGUGCAGUUUUUUGCUGGAGAAGAAGUAACCAUCUAUAGACUGGAAGAAAGUUCACCUUUGAACCUUGAUAAAAGCAUGUCCUCUUGGUCACAGCAUGGCAUGGCUGCCAUGAUUCAAGUUUUGUCUCAGGAGGAAAUGGAUGGAGGGCUGAGGAGAGCUAUGAAAGCUGUCUGCACCUGGUCUGAAAAUAAUGUGCUAAAGUUAGGAGAAGUUUUCAUUGUAAAAUCUUUCCUUCCUGAAGUUGUUCAGACUUGGCAGAAGAUCUUCCAUGAAGCCACAGUUCUCCAUCUCUGUCUUAGAGAAAUACAACAGCAAAGGGCAGCUCAGAAAUUGAUAUAUACCUUCAAUCAAAUGAAGCCCCAUACCAUUCCAUAUACUCCAAGAUUCCUUGAAGUCUUUUUAAUUUAUUGCCAUUCAGCCAAUCAGUGGCUGACAAUAGAAAAGUACAUGACAGGAGAAUUCCGCAAGUACAAUAACAACAAUGGGGAUGAAAUCACCCCUAGCAAUUUGCUGGAAGAAGUUAUGCUGGCUUUUUCUCACUGGAGUUAUGAAUAUACUCGAGGAGAACUUCUUGUACUAGAUUUGCAAGGUGUUGGAGAAAACCUUACAGAUCCAUCUGUCAUUAAACCUGAAGACAAACAAGGGAUGGCAUUUGGACCAGCAAACCUUGGGGAAGAAGCCAUCAAAAACUUCAUUUCAAAGCAUUGCUGCAAUUCUUGUUGCAGGAAACUCAAACUUCCUGAUUUGAAAAGAAAUGAUUAUGCACCUGGGAGGGUCAAUCCAGCUUAUGAAGUUGACACUGAAGUACCAAUUGCAGCAGAAGAUGAGACUGCAAACAGUAGGAAUGAUGAACUGCUGGAAUAUUAUACUCGUCUGUGAUGCAUGAGUUGUUAGUUUUAUCCUUAGAAUUUUUUUCUGAAGGGCCAAAUGUUAGGGCUCCACUACCUCCAUUGUCUGUACUUCUCUAGAACAAAGAAAUAAAACCACUAAUGUGAAAGUGCUUGCAAAUAAAUUUCUUCUAAAAUAA